CAAAAGCUUCACUUUCCAUUCAGCAUCAUUGCCAAGAUUCCUGCGAGUUCCAAUGGCAGACACAACUGAUUGAGUAACACCUGACAAGUCAAAAAAAAGGGUGCCAUGACAAAAUUCUACCCCGGAUGCUUCACCCUUCCAGCAGCUUUCCAUCCGAAAUGAUACGCCAUGCUUGCUGGCAUGGGGCCAAGGAGGGACUCAUGGCAGCCAAGAGGAAUGUUUUUCCCCCAGUAAACACUCGAGAUGUCAUGCACCCAAACAACACCGAGACUGACAGCGAGAGGUGUCAAUGGGGUAGGGACAUGGAUGUGAAAGGAUGCCCAUAGCCCCAUGUGAUGCGAGGAAUCAGGCAUUAGGGCAAGCUUUGUCCCUAUCUCCACGUUUCAGCGCUGCUAAUCCUUCAACAUGGUACAGCUUUCGGGGGUGGGCCGGUCUCAUUCCAUGUGCCUACUGUUUUAGUCCUUGUGAUCUGCGUGUACGCCCUCCUCGUAGUGUCUAUAUCUCCUGCCUUGCAGCUUUCGCAGUGGAGCUGCCAUGAUGGGCUUCUUCCAGGACACCGGCGGCGGCGGCGGCGGCGGCGGCGGCGGCAGCCUGUUCCAGUACCAGCGGCUGGAGCGCCGGGGCGACGACGGGGCCGCCCCGAGGCCCCGGUGGCGGUGGCUGCCGGCGGCGCUGAACGGUAAGGCGGCCUCGUCUCCCCCCUGCCUGUUCCGUGCCAAGAAGCUGAGGUGGGGCAGGAUCACCUCGGCCCUGAUCCCGAGGAAGGUGGCCGAGCUCUCCGCCAAGAUCCGGCGCGCCGGCGGCGCGACGGAGGUCGACGUGUGCCCCGCCGUCGUCAUCUUCAUGUCGCCGUGGGGGCUCCCGGUGCUCUCCCGGCCGCUCCUGGCCGGCCACAGGAGCAGGUAUCACCUUGGGAGGGAUGCAUUCUGAGUUCCGGUCGAGAAGCAAGCAGCAGGUACCCAGAAUCCGUGUUCCUGGUGAUGAUAUAUAUGGUAUACCGUGUGUAUGAUAUGUGUGUGAGUUAGUUGAUGUUGUAGGCUGAGUAUUAAUUUUCAUUCUGAGUGAAUUUUUUAUUUC